AUGCCAAGACGAAACUGUUGCAACCAUCCAACAAGACAUAAAAACGGUGUAUCCAUUCCAAAAGGAACAAUAGCCGUUUCUGUUAAACUAUCCAAGUUUUUAAUUACCCGAUAUGAUCUUGAUGAUAGCCAUGUUCGUUGGCUUUGUCCAUCAUGUCAUUCAUCAGAAACAAAAGAAAUGGAAAAUUAUCAAUCAACAGAAACGAGCGAUAUUCAAGACGCAAGUAACAAUGAAUCUGUAACACAGGACUCUCAUAGUGGCGACGAUGAUGACAUUAAUGAAGAUGAGAAUCAUCCGUACAUGGACAGUGGCGUCCAUGACGAGUCGAUAAACAACGACGACAAUGACGCUGACGAUGACGAAUCUAUGGAUGUUGGUAAAUUCGAUCAUGAGGAAUGUGAUGAUGAGGAUGAUGAUGAUGAAGAUGAUGAUGAGGAGGAAGAGGAGGAGGAGGAAGAUGAUGAUGAUGAUAAUGAAUCUAUGGAUGUUGAAGUUGUGGAUGAUGAUGAAUCAGAUCUUGAUGAUUCUGACGAUGUUCAAUCAGAUAAUGAUUCACAUAAUCUUGUACAUGAACAAAACAAAGCGAUGGAAAAAUUAUCCACUGUAUUUCAUCUACUUAAUAUAGCUCCAAUUCAUGACAAAUUGGCAGUACGACCUAUUCGAGCUAAAGUUGAUGAAGCAUAUCGAAUUCUACAUCAACUUUGUGAUGCGUUAGAGAAAAAAUCUGACGGUUUGUAUGAUCCAAAUCCACAUGAUCUACUGAUAUCUGAAUCAAACCAACUUUUGGAUGGCUUAAAGACAUUGUUUAACAAGAGUGACGAAGAUGAACAGGUUCGUCUCAUGACGAUAGCUCCAAAGCAAUGGGGCCGAAAAAAAAUUGAAAAAUGGUUCCAGUCGAAACAAAGUCAGGCCCGUCGAUCGUUAAUUCUGCGCAAAAAUGAAGGUGUUCUUGCGUAUCCGCAGUGUUUACGAGGAAAUCCGCAUCUGUCAGAUGCGACAAUCGAUGCUGUUGUUCAAUUUUAUUGUGAAGAUGGCAUAAGUCGUGUCUCAUCGAAUUCCAAGGAUACAAUUCAAGUCAACAAGAAGCGCGUUCCUGUUAGAUUUAUGGAAAUGACAGUUUUGGACGCUGACGGUGCCAGUGGGCAUUUCAAGAACAAUGCCAGUAUUUUAAAUCUGGUUCAUCAUAAGGCUGAUUUUGGUAUGGAUGCAUGGUGGACAUUUACAGCCAGCGGCCAUGGUAAAGCGGCUGGAGAUGGUAUUGGUGCUGUAUUAAAAUCAACUGCUCGACGUGUCACACUCUCCAAAAAUAUUCUUCUGUCAACACCUAAGGAUUUUUAUGAGUUCUCACGACAACAACAAUUAGAAGCAGCCCAUGCAUCCAGCAAAACUGAUCCUGGUAUUGAAGUCUUCUUUCUCGAUGCAAAAGAAGUUGAAAAAACCAAAGCUAACGUCCUCAAAGCAAGAAGUGAACAAAUAAAAACCUCAGGUAAAGCAAUUUUUUUUCUUCUCCUCACAAUAAAAACUGAGCUUUAUAGGAACAAUCCAAGGUAUUCGUGCUUUACACGAAUUCCAACCUGUCAACAGCAACACUAUUCAAUGUCGACCAACAUCUUCUUCAAAGAAAAUCAAAAGAUUUUCAUUUCAAUGAUGUUCGUUUAGAGCUGCUUUUCUUUUUCGGAACAGCAAAAGAUAAUUAACUUUGAAAAAAAAAUGAAAUAAAAGAGAAAAUGUUGAUAAUUAUCGAUUAUCUUCAGAUUUCCUUCAGCAUACUCCAAAAAAAUUGCCUAUAAUUUCAUCAUUUC